ACUGAUCACAUGAUGGCAGGGGUCAAACACAACAGGAAGAGAGUUUUCUCUUUGUUGUUGUAAAUAUUUCACAUCUUAUAAGAUUCAGAGGAUGGCAGAUGAGCAGGCCACUGGUGCAACUUGGAUCUAAAUAACAUUGAUCUCGCUGUUUGUGGUGGGAGAGCUUGUUUCACGGCGGUACGUUGUCCGCUCUCGUCCCGCACCAAGAAACCGAACUCCAAUACAAAUUAUCCCAAUUUAAGAUAAUCCUGACUACCAACUGAGGGUCAGAGGUCACGAUGGGGUCGGCAGUAGAGAGGACGGAUGAACACGUGAGAGAGUACCUGAUCUAUCGCGGCUUCACCAGCACUCUGAAACACCUGGACACCGAGAUCAAAAGCGACAAGGAGAAAGGCUUCAGGGUGGAUAAGAUCAUCGAUCAGCUGCAGCAGUUUGUCCAAAACUUUGACCUGUUUGGUUUGAAGGAGUACUGGCUCUAUCUGGACAGACGUCUGUUCUGCAGACUGGAGGAUGUUUACAGGUCGACAGUCAACAAGCUGAGAACCAGCCUGUACAGAUACUACGUCAUCAACACCAUCCAGAAACAAAACCCGGAGAGGACUCAGGAGUUUUUCCAGAAGCAGGCGCUAGAGCUGCAGACUCAGGUGGAGUGGCGUGAUUGGUUCAUCCUGCCGUUUAUCUCCGCCCCAGAGCAGAACCCCGCCUUCUCUCCGUACUUCUCGCGCCAGUGGUCUGACACCUUCCUGGUGUCACUGCACAACUUCUUGUCGGUCCUUUUCCAGUGUAUGCCCCAGCCUGUCCUGCUGAGUUUUGAUGCUGAAGUCCAGAAGAUGACAAGCCUGACGGAAGAGAACGAGCAGCUCCGCCAGCUGCUGUUUGCCCUGCAGACGGAGAGUCGGGACCAGAGAGAGGGAGACGAGAUGGUCCACCACAAGCUGCCGGUGUACGUCCAGAACAUGGACCGCCUGGGAGACACUGAGCUGGACUUGGUGCCGAGCCAGCGACCUAUCAGCAACGCCACCGCUCCUUCCAGAAACUUCUUCUCUACAUUCCUGCCGCAGGCCAGACGCACUCCAGGGAAACCAACCCAGUUCACCACUGGGUCCUCGCCAAGCCAGGCAGCAGUGGGCAGGAAGGACCCACCAACCAUUCCGCCUACAAAGUCAAAAGAAGCAGUACAAGCCAAGGAGGUGAAGCCAGUUUCCAGCCAGGCAUCAACCAAUGAACCAGCGAGCUCCCAGUCCCAGCAGUCAUCAAACCAGUCUGCAAACCAGACUACAAACCAGACAUCACAUCCCAGACACAAGAGAAUCCAGGAUCAUGAGAAGGAGAGGAAGGAGCUCUUCUCCAAACCACAGCCACAGACACCAGAGAAGAAAGGGGAGGCCGGAGAGGUGGAGCCUCUUGCUGAGUUCUCCAGCGAACCUUCUGACUCCUGCUCAAACAGCAAGAACUGUGGAGGAGGAUCGGAGGGAGGGGGUCUUUCAGUGGAACAGCCUUUCAUCAAACUCAGCCAGGAGGAGUAUGGAGAACACCACUCCUCCAUUAUGCACUGCAGGGUUGACUGUUCUGGUCGCCGGGUUGCCAGUUUAGAUGUAGAUGGAGUCAUCAAGGUGUGGUCAUUUAACCCCAUCAUGCAGACCAAAGCCACCAUCAUGUCCAAGUCUCCUCUGCUGUCCCUGGAGUGGGCCACCAAACCAGACAGACUGUUGUUACUAGGCAGCGGUGUUGGCACAGUGCGGCUGUAUGAUACGGACGCCAAGAAGAAUCUUUAUGAGAUGAACAUCGAUGAAACUCAUCCACGGAUCUUGUCUUUAGCUUGCAGUCCGAGCGGUUCGUCGUUUGUCUGUUCAGCUGCAGCCCUUAGUCGGUCUGGAAGUGAUUCUGCACCUCGGCUCCCUAUACCUGUGUCUGGACAGCUGCUGCUCUGGGACACCAAGACUGUCAAACAACAGCUCCAGUUCUCUUUAGAACCUGAACCAGUUGCCAUUAACUGCACAGCCUUCAACCACAACGGGAAUCUGCUGGUGACGGGCGCUGCUGAUGGAGUCAUCAGACUGUUUGAUAUGCAGCGGUAUGAGAGCGCCAUGAGCUGGAGAGCUCACGACGGAGAGGUUUACAGUGUGGAGUUCAGCUAUGAUGAAAACACCGUCUUCAGCAUCGGUGAAGAUGGCAAGUUCAUCCAGUGGAACAUCCAUCGCUGUGGGGUGAAGCAGUCAGAACAGGCUUUACCUCAGGACUCCACCGGGCCCUUCAUCCUGUCAGGGUACAGCGGUUACAAACAGGUUCAGGUUCCUCGAGGUCGGCUCUUUGCCUUCGACUCCGAAGGUCAACACAUCCUGACCUGCUCCAGCACCGGAGGACUCAUAUACAGAUUGACCAAUGGGGAGCCAGCACUGGAGAGUGCACUGUCACUGGGCGGGCACAAAGCUCCAGUAGUGACAGUUGAUUGGUGCUCAGCGGUGGACUGCGGCACCUGCCUCACCGCCUCGAUGGACGGGAAGAUUAAACUGAGCACACUCCUGGCACAGAAGUCCUAACUGAUGACCCUAAAACACCUGAGGGGUCAGAGGUCAUCAGAGUUUAUAAUAAGCUGAUUCAGCAGGCUCAGUAACCGAUGAAGAUUAUGUCAGAAUCUGAUCAGUGCAUUAUGUAAUUAUAUCAUUUGAUUCAUGAUGUGAUACAAACUCACCAACCUGUUAUAAAUUCAUAUUACCAUUAAAAUCCAUCUGAAAGGUCAA